AUGGUACAAUCCAGCGGCAGCGCUGAGAACCUCAACAUCCUCAUCUCUGCUGCCUCCAUCUCUGACUCGUGUCUUUUCCUCACUGCUACAGUCUCUAACCCAUACAGCAGCGCUGAGAACCUCAACAUCCUCAUCUCUGCUACCUCCAUCUCUGCCUCGUAUCUUUUCCUCACUGCUACAGUCUCUAACCCAUACAGCAGAGCUGAGAACCUCAACAUCCUCAUCUCUGCUACCUCCAUCUCUGCCUCAUGUCUUUUCCUCACUGCUACAGUCUCUAACCCAUACAGCAGAGUUGAGAACCUCAACAUCCUCAUCUCUGCUACCUCCAUCUCUGCCUCGUAUCUUUUCCUCACUGCUACAGUCUCUAACCCAUACAGCAGAGCUGAGAACCUCAACAUCCUCAUCUCUGCUACCUCCAUCUCUGCCUCGUAUCUUUUCCUCACUGCUACAGUCUCUAACCCAUACAGCAGAGCUGAGAACCUCAACAUCCUCAUCUCUGCUACCUCCAUCUCUGCCUCGUAUCUUUUCCUCACUGCUACAGUCUCUAACCCAUACAGCAGAGCUGAGAACCUCAACAUCCUCAUCUCUGCUACCUCCAUCUCUGCCUCGUAUCUUUUCCUCACUGCUACAGUCUCUAACCCAUACAGCAGAGCUGAGAACCUCAACAUCCUCAUCUCUGCUACCUCCAUCUCUGCCUCGUGUCUUUUCCUCACUGCUACAGUCUCUAACCCAUACAGCAGAGCUGAGAACCUCAACAUCCUCAUCUCUGCUACCUCCAUCUCUGCCUCGUAUCUUUUCCUCACUGCUACAGUCUCUAACCCAUACAGCAGAGUUGAGAACCUCAACAUCCUCAUCUCUGCUACCUCCAUCUCUGCCUCGUGUCUUUUCCUCACUACUACAGUCUCUAACCCAUACAGCAGCGCUGAGAACCUCAACAUCCUCAUCUCUGCUGCCUCCAUCUCUGACUCGUGUCUUUUCCUCACUGCUACAGUCUCUAACCCAUAAAGCAGCGCUGAGAACCUCAACAUCCUCAUCUCUGCUGCCUCCAUCUCUGACUCGUGUCUUUUCCUCACUGCUACAGUCUCUAACCCAUACAGCAGCGCUGAGAACCUCAACAUCCUCAUCUCUGCUACCUCCAUCUCUGCCUCGUAUC